AUUCUGUCUUGCUUCUCGUCAAAUGUGAAUAAGAAGCUGUCGUCGUCGUCGUGUCCACCUAACUCUGCUCCUCUUUUUGUCGUUGAUAUCGUUCGCGCCAUUGAUUCUCGGUUAUUGAGAGUAAUCUCAGAAGGGAAAUCGGUCUCACCGCGAGGAACGCAACUGGAAGUAGAGAAGAAAACCGGGAUCGUUCGAUAUCGGUUCGCCCACUCACAAUGAUGCGGAGUCGUCGGUUGUAUCGUUUCCUACUCAUGAUCAUUUUAGUUUUGAAUCCAUUUUCACCCAGCACCUCCCGCAUCCACCUGUCAUUCAUCUCUUUUCCAGUCUGCACCCCAUGACUUCUAGAUAAGUACAUCGCCAGGGAGGCACACCAGGCGAAAACAACUACAACUACAGGUAAUACAUAGAAGUAAUUCAAGCACGAUCGAAAUGAUAAUCAACAGCCCGUUGACAUCAAUCUCAACAUCAGACACCGCUCGUUUAGAGAUUAUCAAUACCAUGCUACCAUGACGGCUACAUUGCACACGGCGAUCCGAGAUCACCACGGCUUUUUGCCAGGAGAAACUUGCUACGUGUAUCCGCCAUCUUUUCGAGGAGGUUUAGGAGGUGUUGGUAGGAGCAUUAGCAAAGUGAACGACGUUACGAGCUUCCUAUUUCCGGAUGAUCAUCAAAGUGUUCGAGUCCUGCUUAGUGGAGUCGCGCCACCUGUUGUGGGAGCAGCUGGCGUUCUCUUUACAAACGAUCUGAUUCCAAGAACGUGCGCACUUGAAAAUUCGACUUCAAGAGCCGUAAGGCAUCGUUUUUUGAAACGACGCCGGGGGCGGCGUCUUGGAAGAAAAAUAUAUCACAGUGACAGCGAAGGAAGUAAAUCGGAUGAUGCAGGGGAGUCUCAGUCAUUCACCUGUUCCUCGGAAGAAGAAUUCUUUGAGUAUGACGAUUAUGGACACGGACCAGAUUAUGACGAGAAGGAUUCCGUUGAUGCACGAGGACAAAGUCGCCGUGCUGGCGCGACCUUUGUUUCCGGAUCUGGUGACGAAGACGAACCCGAGACCGACGGCAGUUCACCUCCACCUCCUGCAAAGACCGGACAAGCACGGUGGGUCCCAUCCGCUCUUUUUGCAUUUGCUGCCUUGGAUGCUGCCACACUAGCUCUGACCGCGUCUUCCCCGACAUCGUUGUGCGAUAGAGCUCUGCGUAAGUGGCUAUUCGGCACUGUUGCACUCGGACUCCCAACUUCAUAUGCAGUUGCAAAAACUGCCACGUACGGAAAACGCAGCUUUGUUCGCUAUCGUCUUACCGUGCUGGAGACUGCAACCGUCGAUGUUUGGGCGGAUAUGGAGGUAAGUACGUACUUGCCUACCUGUUUUGCUAGGUAAAUAAUAUAUCGAGGAAUACGAGGAUCCAUACUACUAGUCACAGACCUUAUUCAUCUUGAUCACAAGUAACUAGUUGUACAAGGACUUACAGGCGUUCGUGUUGGAGUGAUUUUCGAUGGAUAAUGAUUUCUGCUCAACACCACUUUCGCCUUUCCUCCGCAACUGGUAGGCUACUCAGCCAGUGACGACGAGUAAAGAGACUUCUCGAGGACGAACGCAGCCCUUGGAUUUCGACUUGUUUUUGAGGGAUGCGCGUGAGUGGAGUUUUGGUGAACAGGUGAUGGCCAGCGCGGUGCGCCAAAACGGCCGCGUUCGCGAAGUUUGCUUUGAUCGCCCAAUCGCAUUUGGCCGCUACUUCCUGCGUUUCAACUUUGCCCCAGAAGAGGAUGAUUUUGACGCGAUAUUCCGCAUUCCGACAGCCUGGAAACUCGAGGCGGAUCCAGUCGGCGACAGCGCAAAUUGGGUCAUCCUUGACGUUCAGGAGGAGUACGAGAUGGACGGUCAUCCUGUUUCCGACGCGCGUAUGAGAAAGAUGGCCACUUCAACGUCGUCAUCGAAGAGCAGUAAAGGUAGGUCUGCUGCGGGAAAUAAAGCUGUAAAGACCUACCUGACCGAUGAUUUGACGUUCUCUUACCCUGUGCCGUCGUUCGAAACGGAUGCCGUAAAACAAUCGAGUUCACAUGAUCCCCCAUGGUGGUCUUACUUGCCCGGGUCAUCGCUGGUGUCGCUUUUUUUGCCGCCGCAAUAUGGAGUUUCAAGAGGUCAGCAGCGGUUGAAAGAGGUCCAGGCACGGCGUUGCAGUGGCAGCAGAGUAGCUAGCAGUCGGGAAUCUAGUAAGCGAACUGCUGCAUCUUCGAGCACGACAGCGUCAAGUGGCGGGAAUGCAACUACCCGAAACAGCAGCAAGACAUCAAGUGGCGCUGGAGUUGUGUCUGCUUCGUCUGAUUUUCCUAUCACUGCCUCAAAAUCAUCUCCACCAAGCAGCUUCAUUAUACCUCCCAAGAUGUUUCGCAUCGCUUUUGCUGUUGAAGUUGCGAGUGACGUUGGCUCUUUCUUGUGGCUCACCUACGGGACCAAGGUCCUUGUCGCAACCUCGGGACCUGCUUGCGCAACGAGUCUAGUCCGCCAAUUCUCGUUUGUCCAAAUAGCAGCAGCAUGGGGCCUUCUUGGUGCCGGAUCUGUCUUCGUCCUACUCACCUCUGUCGCGGCCGUGGUACUGCAAGCACGCAAAGCAAACGCACAGAAGGCUGCGAUAGCGAACGAAUGA